CCAUGGUCGGAAUCAUUUAGAGGCGGGACACUUCCGGGAGCUGUCGGCUGGGAAAAGUGGAACUGCAAUCCAUCUCUGCGAUGAGUUUCGAGUGGCCCUGGCAGUAUAACUUCCCUCCGUUUUUUACAUUACAGCCUAAUGUUGACACCAGACAGAAGCAGCUGGCGGCAUGGUGCUCGCUGGCGCUGGCUUACUGCCGACACCACAAACUCUACACCCUGGACGUCAUGGAAUCUCAGGAGAGCCCCGUGUUCAAUAACAAGAAGAUAGAACGAAAACUUUCAACGGAAGCGAUCCAAGUUGUCUUUGAGGAACUCAGAAAAAAAGGCAACCUGGACUGGCUGGACAAAAACAAGUCUCGGUGUUUAGUGAUGUGGAGACGGCCGGAGGAGUGGGGGAAGCUGAUCUACCAAUGGGUCUCCAAAGUCGGCAUGAUCAACUCUGUGUUUACACUUUACGAGCUGUCCAACGGGGACGACACCGAGGGCGAAGAAUUCCACGGUCUUGAGGAGUGGAUACUGCUGCGUUCCUUGCGGCCCCUUCAGACGGACGGCAAGGCGGAGCUCAUCACCAUGGACGACAGCAAGGGUGUCAAGUUCUUCUGAGAGAACCCCCACCCCCCCCCCCCCACCCCCCCACCCCCUCCCGCCAUCACAAACUCUGCCCUUUAUCGCUUUGUUUUAAGACGCUACGACGGUUGAGCCAUCUUAGGGUUAUGCAAGAUCCACCAAAAAUACCCCCCAACAAAUGGAUGCUGGUUUAAAAAUGAUUUGCAUCAGGAAGUUGCCGUUUCUGGGCCGCAGAAGGGCAACCAAAAUGAGGGCUCCAUCUCUGUGAAGAAGAGGUGCUACAGCAAAUGUGUUGCACUUGUGAGGGUGUUGCACCUUUCUGUUCAAGGUAACCAUCAGCCGAGCUCACUGGGUCCCAGUUUAAAUGCAACCAGACUCAUCAGGGGAGUCUGUGCUGUUCUGUGUACCCGUUACUGGGAUUACUUCUUACCUACACCGCUGUAACUUUCCUCUGUCUUUGUAAAUAUGAUUGUAGUUGUAGUUUUCAGGGUUUGCUUUCCAAUACGUGGGUAUUAUAAGUACAUGCAUUAAACAGGGCGGUUAUUUCUCUGCUCUACCACGACGACACAUGGCCAAACCACGAGGGACCUUUACCUUUUGGGUGUUCAAACGUGUUGCUCCCAGAUGAGGAGUAACAUGGAAAUGAGGGGGUGGGUGGAAGGCUGGCUCUGUUUUUCUGUACUGAUCACUGUGGUUACAAACACAGAACCCAACUCUUACACCACCUGCUUCUUUGCCAAACAAAAUUUGUUUUGUUAUGGGGAAAUAAAGAAAUUUCAAAUUGUUU